AUACGGUGAUCUGAUCUGGAUUUGGACUAUAAAUAUCAUAGAAUGCCAAAUACAGGACGCUGUGAUGGCCCGUAAGCCACAAAUACCAUACCAGAAUAUCACGUGACUUAUAUGCCCUACGGCGUCCUGUUUUUUCCACCGUCUUGAGUGGUGUGUAAAUCGUGUUAUUUGACAUAUUCGCACGGUUUUGUCUGUAAUUGUGUUGUUAUUUGCUAUCAUUUACGGCCUUGUUCCAAGUGAUUGUGCUUUAAGACCUAUCAAUUUUUAUAUUUACACUGAAUAAGGUCAAGGUUUAAUUUGAAAUGGCCAGAUUUCUUCCACCCAGUCUGAGAAGACAUCCGAUUCCGGUUAUCUCAUGUCCGCUUAAUUUCAUGUCAUGUCAAUUCCCACGACUGUCAAAGAGCAUUACCAAUGCUGCAAGUUUUUCAUCUCAACCUACCAGACAGUUCGGGCUGUCAGCAAGUUCGUCAUCGGAGUUUCGCCCACCCCCAUCUCAGAUGCUGAAGCUCACGGACAUUGGAUCUCGUCCUCUGUUCAAUUCUGAUCAUGACAUAUUUAGGCAAGCUGCUCGCAAGUUCUUUGAUGCUGAGGUUAAGCCAUAUCACGCACAGUGGGAGAAGGACGGCCAGGUUUCGCGCGAGGUGUGGCUGAAGGCCGGAGAGCAGGGUCUCCUCGGGGUCAAUACCCCGGCCGAGCACGGAGGCAUCGGAGGCGACUGGCUGGACGCUACUAUCGUCCUCGAGGAACAGGCAUAUAGCACGUGCAGCGGGCCUGGCUUUGCGAUACAUAGCGACAUUGUGAUGCCAUACAUCUCUCACUAUGGCACACCGGAGCAGAUCCAGCGUUACAUUCCGGGACUGACGGACGGUACAAAGAUCGGCGCUAUCGCCAUGACCGAACCGGGAGCGGGCAGUGACCUUCAAGGAAUUCGCACAACGGCAGUGAAGGACGGCGACGACUACAUUCUGAACGGCAGCAAGGUAUUCAUCACCAACGGCUACAUGUGCGACGUGGUGAUCGUGGUGGCCAUCACCAACCCCUCGGCCAAGUCGCCCGCUCACGGCAUCAGCCUCUUCCUCGUGGAGGAGGGCAUGCCCGGCUUCCGUAAGGGCAAAAAGCUAAACAAGAUGGGCAUGAAGGCGCAGGACACUGCCGAGCUGUUCUUCGAGGACGUGCGCCUGCCCAAGUCGGCCCUGCUGGGGAAGGAGAACGGCGGCUUCUACCAGCUGAUGCAGGAGCUGCCGCAAGAGCGUCUACUCCUCGGCAUCAGCUCUAUGGCUGCGAGCGAAUGGGCCUUUGAGGAGACCCGCGAGUACCUUCUCAAUAGGAAGGCCUUUGGCAAGACACUCAGCAACCUGCAGACGAUUCAGCACCGUCUGGCGGCGAUGAAGACCGAGCUGGUCGUGAACCGCGCCUUCACCGAUCAGUGCAUCGAGCUGCACAACCAGGGCAAGCUGGACGGCGCCAUGGCCUCCAUGUGCAAGUACUGGAUCACGGACCUGCAGAACCGCAUCACUUACGAGGGUGUGCAGCUGCAUGGUGGCUGGGGCUAUAUGUGGGAGUACCCUAUCUGCAGAGCAUACGUCGACGCCAAGGUGCAAACAAUUUAUGGAGGAAGUAAUGAGAUUAUGCGAGAACUGAUAGCCCGGUCCAUAGUGUCGAAGAAGUGAGCUCGGAGCUAUGGAAGUAACGUUUUAUGGUGAAAAGGUGAAGUGCAAUAUGUCAGCAUAGAUUUGUUGCAGAAAUGCACGGGAAAUUGAAUGUAUAUAGACAACGUCGCCAUGUUAUGUAGAAAUAUGUGAUGACUGAUGAUAAUCCUCUUCUGUCAUGGAUUCUGCUCUUGCUUGAUGCCAACGCAUUAAAACAUCGAAUUAUUCUCACACUGCCGUUGAUAAGGUAGGUACCUGCUAAUUAAGCAUUUUCAAAUAGUUUUCAUUUUCAUAAUUUAUAGCAUAUUUGGUAACUAACCAGAACAAAUAUUUUAUAGAUAACUUGACCAUUUCCGAACGAUAGCCUGUUAACCAUUCAGCACUCCAGCGUGUCUGUCGUAAGGUUGUCUUUUUAUCUGUGCUUACACCAACUGUCUUCGAAUGUCAUUGAUUUAUUUGAUAUCUUGGUAUGUCAAAGGUUCAUGUGCCUAAAUGACCUCGAUGGCAGCUCCUUUUAAGAAAACUAGUGCUUUUGAAAACGUAGCUUUUUGAAGUCUUUGCGGUUCGUGGUGAUAAAUAUCUAGGUACGGCCCUCCAGGUAUUAAGUGGUUGGUUGCCAGCAUCACAAUAAACGAUCUGCAAUACCGAAUAUGUCUAGUGGCUGUUGAAAACCAUUGCCGAAGUGUGUGCACGAACCCUCUUCUCAUUUCUAUUAAGUCAUUUUACAGGAGUAUCUCUGUCAUUCAAAAAUAUCACACCAAAAGCACAUAGGCUAACCAACCACUCUUUUGCUGGAGGGCCGUUCAUAGUACAUACCUCCUAAGUUUCGCAUCCAAUGUCGAUGUUGUUAGUUGAAUUAGAUAUUCAAGCUGUAUCUCUUUUUAGUGUGAUGAAAUAAACACGUUCAGCAUGUG